AUGGCAAGCCAGACUCUUAACUAUGGGCUUAACUUCACAUUCUUCAAUGACUCAGACAUUUUAAACGCCGAACCAAGUGUAGUGCGAUUACUUGUUUCCGACUUAUCCACCGACCAGUACUUCAAGGUGGCACUGUUGACGGUAUUAGUCUACUAUGCUGUUACAACGAUGGAUAAAGAGAUAAAAUACUUUUGGUGCAUUGAUGGUGACGAAGCCUGA